GGGGAGGCGUGGCCGCACAGUCGUUUACGAUGUACCGCAGAACAGUGUCCGUGUCUCUAUUGUGCGCCGCAGUGGCCGUAGCGUCGGUGGCGGCCGUCGCCGCUGCCGGUGGUGGUGCCGACGCCGACGGCGGACAACUGCUGGACCGGGUGCUGGACCGGUGUUCGUACGGACCCGGCGCGGUCAACUGCCUGAAGAGCACCGUGCUUGAGUUCCUGGGAGCUGGCGGCGGUGGCCGCGCGGCCAAAAGCGUACCGGAUUCGGAGCUGGACACGGAGCUGGUGAAGGCGACCGGUGCGUACGUGGAACAUCAGGUGUUGGACACCGGCCGAGCGAUGGACGACGGCGCGAUGAUGAGCGGACAAUCGCAGCAGCAGCAGCAGAUGCAGCAGAUGCAGCAAAUGCAGAUGCAGCAGCCGACCACCACGACCACGGCUAGAGCGGACAUGGAGAUGGGCAUGAUGCAGGACAAGAUGCUUAUGCCGCUCAUGAUGAUGAUGAAGUUGAAGCUCAAGAUGCUUACGCCCAUCAUGAUGGCGCUGGUCAGCAUGAAGGCUACCAAGGCGCUGAUUCUCAGCAAGGUGGCCAUCAUGCUGGUGCUCGGCUUCCUCCUCAAGGAAUUCAUGAAGAAGUCCGGCCUCCCGAGUUUGCUGCCCAUCCACCUGCCCGGCAUGCCGGGCCCCGAUCCCUCGACCACGGCUAGUCCGCCGCACAUGUACGGGCCACCGCAGUCGUCUGGCGGCUACGGCGGCGAGUCCUCCUGGGAGCCCGCCACGUCCUACUCGUCAUCUUCCGGCCACUCGUCCGACGCCGCACACUCCAUGGCCUACAACAGUUACCUGCCGUCCUCCUCGUCCGGUACGUCGUCCAGCUUGUCCGCCACCAAGUACUAACGACCGCACCGAACGCGCGGCAUCGGCGCUCGCAUAAAUUAUUGAUUAUACAUUAUUAUUUAUUAUCUCUCGGUCAUAGCCGAUUAUAUAAAAAUUAUUUAUUUGUCUCGUUUCGAC